UUUUUUUAGCAGGGGAUGGGGGUAUGUUUAUACGUAUUAGAGUUUAUGUUCGUAUCUUUAACUCAUUCAGGUUCACUUGCUCUUUUGUGUUGGUAACAGCUUUUUCAAGAACAGUAACCAGGGGAAUAUUGAAAUGAAAGUACCUGAAAAGCUUCACAAAUACGUUUGUUUAUUUUUGCCUUCUACUUUCAGGCUAACAGCUCGUGAACCCAUAUUGACCUUAAGCCCAAAUUUUGAAGAAAGAAUGCGAGAAGUUCGACAACGUCGGAAACCUACCCCUGCAGAUCUAUGCAACAUGCUGGGUCUUCACCGGAAGCAGAAACAUCUUUGCCGGAGAGGACAAGGUGUUGCAGAGACGCUGGUUAGGGCGACACGGUUGUCUGCCCUUGAAUGUCAACAUCAGUUCCAGCACGAGCGAUGGAACUGUACGCUUGGGAAAUAUAGGAUGCAUAUACUAGAAAGAGGAAUCAAGGAAACAUCUUUCCUUUACGCCGUCUCCUCCGCUGGUCUCGUCCACGAGUUUGCACGUGCGUGCGCGCAAGGCAUCCUGGACCGGUGCACGUGUGACGAGUCCAAGCACCUGGAAAAUACCAAGACCUGGCUGUGGGGAGGCUGUGGCGACAACAUCAAGUUUGGCCUCAAGUUUACCAGAAAGUUCCUUAGGAGAGCGCGCAGGGCGGACAAAGACAUCAGAGCCAAAGUUGAUGUGCACAACAGUGGUGCUGGUAUCAAGAUAGUGAAAGACCUUGUGAACACCACCUGUAAAUGCCACGGAGUGUCGGGCUCGUGCACAGUACGCACGUGCUGGUUGCAGCUUUCUCCCUUCAAGACGGUGGGCAACGUCCUGAAAUCCAAAUACGAAAAGUCAGCGAAAGUGCUGUCCUUUCCGAAUCAAGCGGCUGGCAAGAGGCAGUUGAUGAAAAGACUCAGCAAACUUAGUGUGGCUCAUAGAACUUCAUAUAAUCCACUGCUUUCGUAUUCUUCUGCGACGUCUUUGGAUAUGACGUCCUCAUCGCCCAUGUCAGCGGUUGGAUUAUCUCGCUCGUGGGCGCAGAAUUCAUUCGAAGAGGUAACAGGUAUCGUUCCUCUCCGCCGCACGGAUCUGACUUAUAUCGAGGACUCUCCAAGUUUUUGCCGCGGGAGUCGAUACUCACCCGGUACUUUCGGUCGCUCGUGCAUCAAGGGUGAUAACUGUGACUCCAUAUGCUGUGGCCGGGGAUACAAUGUACAGCGCAGGCGCGUGCGGCGAGCUUGCAAGUGUGAGGUUAUUUGGUGCUGUAAGGUCAAGUGCAAGCAAUGUAUUUCUGACGAAGAGGUUUACCUGUGUAAAUAACGUAGGUCGUCGUAAAUAUACCCAGCCCAGAGACGUAUUAUAUUAUCCUAGACUCUGACGUCCAGGGAAAAGGGAGCGGAGGCAGACCGAAGAGGAGUUAGGGGGGAUAGCAUCAAGGAAUGGACAGGGCUGGAACUCAAAGACACGCUCUGAAAAGCCGAAAACCGGAAGGAUUGGAGGAAGCUGGUGGCCAAAUCUUCAACAGCGCCCCGGCGGACAUCCAUUCUCCGGGAAAGAUGAAGGUGAAGAUGAAGAUUCUGACGUAUUUCCCGUCCACAUUAGAGCUCACCAUUUGACUCAAUUUGGAGCUAAAUGAACGCCACAAGGAAGGGGGGGGUUGAAACGCUCACUCAACUAUAGCGAGAGUGGUGUUUUGCUCUUCAUCUAGGCGCCCGUGGUGUGCGAGCUUCGCUGUAAAGAUCACGUAGAGAGUACAGAGAGUGCAGCUAUGACAGUGUGCUGUCUAGGAUAUUAUAAUUCACGUCAACGGUCCAGCCAAACAUGUGUGUGCUAUGUGCAAAAACACCUUGUUAAAUUAACAAGAAUACCAGGGUGUUAACACUGUGUUCAGAUUCUUCGUGCGAGGUAAUAUACAAGAUGACCAGAGGAGAAUAUGCGGCCAAGAAAAGCAAGGUUCUAACUCCGAAUUAUCUUUAAUGUUUGGAGCAGGAGUUUCUGGUGCCUCCCCCUGUACUCCAUCUACAUUAUAUGUAAAACUUAGGACUCUUAUUCCUUUCUUUUCUCAAAGAAGCUGGUUAGUUUAUUCCCUUUCUUAAUUUUCUUAAAUAAAACCAUGUUAAUUUUGUUUAUCAUGUUUUAGAGCAUUAAAAACUGAGCUCAAACAUCUCAAAAGUGAGUGUGAACGAGAUAGAACCUUGUUAUUAUUCUAACGUCGCCAAAGGUGUCAUGUACCCUGAUACAAUGACGGUAAAUUCACUGUGUCAUCACUAUAUCAGUACUUAAAUACUUACAUUAUAACCACUUCUUGAGGAUCGGCUUCUGUGGUGCAAAGAGGCGAGGCGUUUGGCCUUGCAUAGAAAAGACGCGGGUUCUUAUCCCUCG